GCAAACAUAUUCCGGUGAACAUCCGAUGCGCAUUCGGCUUUGCCCAUCCGAUGUUCAUACCUGUGAACAUCGAACGUUCAAAUUUCGUAAAAAUUACCAACACAAUUAAAACUUAUUUCAAUGUAUGUGUGAACCUCCCUAUCGAGCUGCUUUCUUCUUCUUUAACUUUGUUUCAAUAGCGGGGAUUCUUCCUUCAUCGCGUUUGACAGUUAGAGUUUUUUGCUUUUUUUGCUAGCGCAAUGUUUUGUUUGGCCGGCAACCAGAACCAGCAGGUGGCAUCCGGGACGUUGUCGCCGAUCGAGGACGACGCGGUUGGCAACUUGAACCUGGUGGACGCCGUGCAGUGUGGCGUUCGACCUAAACCAGAAGAUCUCGCUGGAUCAGCCUCAGCUGCAGCGACGCUCCUUCACCACGCGCCCGGCGCAACUGGCCAAGUAACGGCUGCGGACGGAAGCCAGCAGCAGCAACCCAAGUUUGUGUUCAACGUGGACGCAGCAGCUCCAAACGGGAGGUCCGCCGGCGUUGAUUCCGGUGAACGCGUCCGGAAUGCCCACGAAGAUAGCCAAAAAGACCAGGAGCGCCAAAUUAACGUGGACUCGGUGACCGAUUCCAACCACGAUACCGCGUUGCCGCUGGCCUGUGCCGGUGGUCACGAAGAACUGGUCGAGUUGCUCAUCAGUCGCGAUACCAACAUCAAACACAAUGACAAGAAGGGCUCUAUACCGUUGAUCUUGGCCGCAACCGCAGGUCACGAGAAGGUCGUCGAAACGCUGCUCCGACAUGGGGCGAAAAUGGAGGCCCAGUACGAACGCACCAAGGACACUCCACUGUCGCUGGUCUGUUCCGGAGGACGGUAUGAAGUGGUGGAGUUGCUGCUGGACAUGAACGCCAACCGUGAAAACCGUAACGUGCCCGACUACACGCUUCUCAGUUUGGCCGCCAGCGGAGGUUACGUGAAAAUCAUCACGCUUCUGCUGAGUCAUGGCGUUGAAAUCAACUCUCAAAUGGGCAGCAAUGGGUCGCGUCCUGUUGGACAAGGAGCUGACGUGAAUGUGGCACCGGUUCACUCCUUACGAGACACAGUCCUCACGAUAGCCGCUGACAAGGGUCAACUGAACUUUGUCGAGUUGCUUCUGUCCUGCGGUGCGGCCGUUGAGGUCAAGAACAAAAAGGGAAAUUCUCCACUGUGGAUCGCUGCCAACGGAGGCCACCUGACAUCGAUUCCCAGGACAACUCAACCACCCCCGCAACAAACAAUCGCAUUCAUCCGAGAGAACCUCCACCAGCUUCAAUCGUCGUCUAGCAGCAUCAAUAACAGCAUCAGCAGGACAAAGAGGAAGGUGGAGACUCCGGCAUCGACGCCAACAGCCAAGGCUCGUGCUCGAGCUCGGACGAAGUCCGCCAGCAGCCUGAUCGAGCAAAAGCGAAGCCAUGGCACGAAAAUUGCCAAAGAACUUAAGCAAGUCACUUCGAACAUGCAGACCCACAAGAACCUGACUGCGCUCCGGACCGGCCCCGGACAAUUCGAAUCGGUGUCAGAAUCGGUGUUGAAAUUCUAAAUCGAAUGGCGUGGCAGCAGAAAUAGACUGGCGUCGAUAACAAAGCGGAAGUUUUGCGUGCCAAUGCGUGGUUCUUCCGACGGAUCGAGGUCGAUCUGGUGCUGGUCGAGCAUGACCAAACGGAAGCUCGCAUGAAAACCGCCGGUACCGUACGGUCGACUGUUCCGUCAGGAAAAUUUUGGUGCGCUGGAAUCGAACGGUCAAAGACCACAAGGCAGAAAGAACUGGUUGAGCAUUUUUUUUCCUGAUUUUGUUGAUUUCAACUCUGCUACUAGAAAAGUGGUUUGCCGAUGACUGGAUUAACAAAAAUUGAUUGUUAAACGUUCGUUUUAGAAGCUGAAUAA